CAAGCUAAGAAUGACCAUCCUGCCCUUUAACAUCCAAACCGCUUUAUAUCUGGAGGUCGAGCCCCGGGGCCCGAGUCCCGUUCUCUCACGACAUCUGCCGGACCAUCAACACCGCCAACAGCCAUGACGAACGCCGAGUCCUUUACGCUGCUCUCGCUCGCGCUCUGCACCAUUGGGGUGCGCAUGUGGUAUAGAUGGUCGCAGGUUGGAUUUUCCGGCUUCCAGCUGGAUGAUUAUCUCAUGCCGGUUUCCGGCCUUCUCUUCUCACUAGUCACGGCACUUGCGUACUUAGUCGGAGCCAGCUAUGGCGGCCUCACCAACAGCUACAUGACGGAUGAAGAGAGGGAGGCGCUGGAUCCCAACAGCACGGAAGCUUACAACCGAGAGAUGGGAUCCAAGAUCCAGGUUAUUGGUUGGUCCUUCUAUGCCAUGGAGCUCUGGGUGUUGAAGCUCUGCGUCACAGUCUUCUAUUCGCGCCUGACGACCCGACUAAGCAAUCUACACACGCGGGUCAUGAUCGCCUACGGCAUCAUCGGCGUCAGCUAUAUCGCUGUUGCCUUGUCCAUUCUGCUCGGGUGCCAGCCCAUGUCGCGUAACUGGCAGAUUAACCCGAACCCUGGCAAUCUCUGCCAGCCUACCAACUCGCACCUCAGCGUUCUCAUGGUCUACAUACCCAACGUCGUGACUGACCUGUAUCUGCUCUCCAUUCCACUUCCACUCCUAUGGGGGGUCAACAUCUCGCUUCGGCGCAAGAUCACCCUGAUGUUUCUGUUCAGUGGUGCAGUCUUUAUCAUGGCAGCCGCGACGAUCCGCGCCGUUGUCAUCAUUACGGCCGGUAGCGAUGGCGCGAUAUCAGGCAGCCAGUGGGCGUGCCGUGAGAUCUUUGUCUCUGCCGUGGUGACCAACCUCCCCGUGAUCCAGCCCGUACUGCGGAAGCUCGCCAACAACAUGGGUCUCAGCGUACUAUUCAGCAGAUCUGGCGGCCGCUCCGGCAAGGGUGCCGGCCAUGGGGGAUCCGGCAAGAGCUAUCCACUGGGCAGCAACCCGCACCAGGGGAGUCAUUCCAAGGGCUACGGACUUGGGAGUCGUGCCACCAGAUUCGGCACUCGCAACGGGACAGUGGUGGGUGGUGGUGAUGAGGGAAGUGCCGGAGGCGGCGCGAACACAACCACCGUGGCGGCGUGGGGCAGCGACGAGCAUAUCCUGCUUGAAGAGGGCGCCAAGCAGCUUGGCCCUGGGGCCGGGGCGACCGUGGUGGGGGACAAGAAGAUUGUCGUCGGCAAGGAGGUCUCGGUAGUGACGGAGACGGUGGCCCCCUCGACACACGGGCGGAACGCGUCGGUACCGGGACAGUCGGCGCCUACGAGGGACAUGUGGGGAUAUCCAAGCAAUGAUGUGCGUGACAGCUCAAGCGACCGCUCAAGUCGGUGAGAAAUCAUAUGGCGCUUGGAGACAAGGGCAAAUUACAGGGUCCUCUGGAGGCCAUUCUCAUACAGGCACUAGAUAUCUGGCAAUUCUAAACCAAUUUCAUCUGUG